UUCGUAGUCCCACGCGGGGACGACGCGUGGCCCAGGGCGGCGUGGGGGUAUCCGCUGGGCAAGCACGCCGCGUGGCUGCGGAAGCAGUGGAGAGAGGGGGGACGCGGGAUCGACCCGACGCAGAGCAAGGAGCUGGACGAGAUGCCGUUCGCCUGGGACUGGAGCCAACACAAGUGGGACCUCUUCUUGUUGCCGGCACUGCGGAGAUACUUUGAGCUGAAUGGACACACGGAUGUAUCGACAGAUUUUCGCAUUCCGAAGGAGAGUCCCGAAUGGCCUGACCACUUGAGGGGGUACUAUUUGGGCUGCAAAGUGCUGAAUAUACGCAACCGAGAUGAUUACGCAAAGCAGGUGGAAGCGGACCAAGACGAGCUUGAACGACUUCACUUCUGUCACGACUCGACGUUAUACGAUCGCGAUUGGCGCGAGAAAGUGGAGCCGGCACUGACGGUGUUUCGGCAGGAGUUUGGUCACUGCAACGUAAAGAGUGCAUUCGUGGUUCCAUCGCAAUCCCCAUGGCCAGAAUCAACAUGGGGAAUGCACUUGGGAAUUACUGUCCAAAACAUCCGUCGUGGGGAUUUCGGUCGAUACAAGCAGGAGUUGGACGAGUUGGGCUUCGUGUGGGACAACUCCGAGUGGGAGUGGGGGGAGCGGAUCAUGCCAGCUUUCGAGGCGUUCCAACGUCUACAGGGUCAUUGCCGAGUACCGGCACAUUUUGUGGUACCGUCGGAGGAUAAAUGGCCGACACAAUCGUGGGGUUUGAAGCUGGGAAGAGUUGUCAGCCAGAUCCGUAGCCGAGGCUAUUACUCCGCUCAAGUUUCGCGUGACAAGGCUCGACUGAAAGAGUUGGGUUUU